AUGGUCUUGCAGAAUGAACAAGGCAUGGCUUUUGCGCGUGCUGUGGCUGCUGGUUUUAAUGCAGAGAACAUGGCAGAUUUGAUCUCCUUUGCAGAGUGCUUUGGGGCUAAACGCAUGUUGUAAGUCUGGUAUAUCUAUCAAAAAUCUCUGGGUUUCCUGACAAUAUCAUAUAUGUGGCUAUUUCUUUUCUUGGCAUCCUUCUGAUUGAUUAUUAUAUGGAAUAGGAAAGCUUGCCUCAAAUUUACGGAACUAUGGAAGACAAAGCGUGAAACUGAUCAAUGGCUAGAUCUCCAAGCGUCAGAAGCAAUGUCCCUGAAAUCUGAAUUUCCGUCAAUGAGUUCUAUUGACAUUAAUCUUUCUCCUGACACGAAAAAGCAUAAUGAUUUCACAGAACAGUGGGCAGCAUGCAAUCAUGGUCAUAGCAAAGAAAGUAAUGAGAAUUUUACAGGUAAUGCUGGCCUGGAUCUAUUAAUUUUCUUCUUAUUAGUAUUAUUUUAUACAUUCAUGGGAGGUAAAUUGUGUCGUUUUUUAAUGAAGAAACGCCUUGCAUUUUUCUUCUGUGCAGCGUGGAUCUAUAUGUCCUUCUAAUUUCGCAGGUCAUGCUUGUGGAGUGAGCUCUCCACUCUUAUUAGUGUUGAGAUCAAUAUGACAGUUUGAACAUGGAUUAAAUAAUUUGUGAAAAAAUAAAUAUUUUGACUAAAAGCUGCAUUGCAUUCAUUUGAAGAAUGAACACAGAUUUUAAAGAAUUCUUGUCUUUUUCAUCCAGCUGUUGAAUAUUUUUAAAAGAUACGGUGAGCAGCUGUUCUUUAUAUUAUGCAUAUAAUAUUAUAUAAAUUAGACAUAAAUUUUACCAACUUUAUGACUUUCACAAAAAUAUCAAAGCUUGACGAGAGUUCAAGAGAUUUUGUCAUUAGAUUGCAGAAUUUGAUUGCCUUCGGUUGAGAUCACUGUGCCAUUGCGCUUCCCCAUUGGGAAGGUUAUGAAUGAUUUCCAUAAGUGUACACCUAUUUCUGCAUAUCCCAUUUUUCUUCAUCUUUCUCCUGAUCUUCUGAUCAAUAUGAUUCUACUACCUACCUUCUGUUCCCAGAUGAAAGGACUCCUGGGAACUCUCAAGUGCCUUUGUACCCCCAUAUGUACUUUCUGGGCCAGUUUCCGCACCCUAUGUUUCCCCAUUGUCCGUUUCAUUCUCCGCCAGGUGCACCACCAUUUCAGCCCUAUCAUCCUAUGCAAGCCAUGCCGUGCUAUCAGAACCAUCCGGGCGGCAGUCUCCACUUCCCACCUACGUACACUACUCCAUCAGGAGACUGUGAUCCCAGGUCAAACACUAGACAGAGAAUGGAGUCAGGAGGAGCAACUGCAGUAUCGGAGGAGGAGGAUCACAAAAACUCUUAUGAUCUGGAGAAGGCCCGCAGUGUGCGAGAAUCACAAAGGAGAGGUCAAUCGGCUAGGAGGAAGCUGGGAGAGAAUGUUUCGCGACAUGCAGACUGCAAUAACUCAGAGAAGCGUCGUAAUGCGUCAGAUACAGAAUCCUGUUCAGCAGCAUCUGAAGACGAGAGAGAAGAAGAUUUGCCUUCCAGGAUUGAAGGGAGUCGGAUCAGAUCUUCUGGCGGUCGAAGUCCCCCGGAGGAGGAAACGAACCCCGAACGAGAGGUGGUUGAUUCUGGAGACUGGCAGGUAUUUCAGAAUUUCUUGCUGAGAAAUGAUCAAGAAAGAGCAAGCGGUGCUGAUGCAGGCCUGCUGCUCUCGGGGGAAAAGGAACGACUGCGGAGGAAACGACAGAGUAAGCAUGACUUGGACGCCAUCCUUCGUCCCGAGAGAGGUUCUAGGGAGGCCCUGGACAGGCGGAGGGCAGGAUUGAACACUGGUGAUAGCGAGGCCUCCAGAAGGUGCAAGCGUGAUGCGCUAAACGAUGAGAAGAAUGGUGCAAAUGGAGAUUCUGAUGUCCUGCUUGACGAAGUUCAGGGCGAAAGAGGAGCAUACAAGAGACGAGGAAGCAAUGAAUUCGCGGUUUAUGAGCAGGACGAGCUGCCGAGCAACAGGAGGUUUUCAGAUCUACUUGCCCAAGGUCGUUGGAGCAAGAGAAAGAGUUCUUCCUGCAAUGCUCCUGACGAGUCGUUCGUAGUACCCCUCAGGUCGGAUUCGACAGAGCAACAGAGAAGAGAUAACAGAGGCUGCGGAAUUGCCGUCGACAUGUUUGUCUCAGGGUGCACGUCGGCUGCGAAAGAAUUUCCCCCCAACGGGAUCAAGAACCAGCCCGACUGUGGUGAUCCAGAUGACCUGAGCUUGAUGCCUGCGCGUGGGACGGAGGUAGGAUCUGUCGGCUAUGAUCCAGCGCAGGAUUAUAGCAAGGAGAUCAUCAUGACGAGAGCUUUUACUGCCGGAGGGAACGGUACACAGGCCAAGGAAGGGUCCAAAAAGGGUGACAAGGGGAAGAGAUCGAUGACUGGGUUGGAGAAGCAGAAGGCGGGUUCCAUGUUGAGAAAAAGGGGGAACCCAUCAAAGCUAAGUUCAUUAGCUGAAGCUCAAGCGCGUGCUAACAAGCUCCGAGCUUUCAAAGCUGAUCUUCAGAGAGCAAAGAAAGAGAAGGUACCUCUCAAAGCAUCCAAUUUUCUCUGACGUAAUUUUUUUUUUAAAAAAAUUAAAUCAGAUGCCAGUGACCACCCCGAGGAGAAGCGUAUCCGAAGGGACUGACUGGCAGAUGCCAGAACCUCUUGACCUAAUUGAUUGCAAAGCUAUCAUCUUUUGCUUCCCGUAUGAAGGUGGUGCCCACCAGCCUCAUGACCAAUCCCUAGAUCUGAGCAAUAUUUUCAUUUACUUACCUCUCAUCUGUCAAUCGACAAAAAAGUUCAUAAUAACUGAGAGAUGCCCAAUUCUCGUCGUGAUCAUUGAUCCGCCCCUGUGGAUGUUUCACCAUACAAAACUGAGGAAGCACAGCACACCUGUGGAUGUUCUCCCACAGCACGGUUUCUUCAGUGUUCUUCCUUGCACCGCCACCAUGAACGGAUGAUAACUGUGUAAGCGUGGAUGGGCGGCCGGAGUCCGUAUGGGGGAUGUGUUGCCUGAUGGGAAUCACCCAUUUCUGGUUUCUGGUCUCUCCAUCUGACUUGUCUUUUACUAUUUUGAGAACAUACUUUCUGCCGUGCUUUUGAAAGUUUUGUCCUUCUUGCUUUCUUCUGCCGUGAGCUUAUGGUAGCUUUUCUGUACGUGUUACUGGUGCAUGCACCUGAUCAUCAUAUUUUCAAACAUCCAACGACCAGGAAGAUGAAGAUGUGAGGCGAUUGGAAGCUCUGAAGAAGGAGCGGCAGCAGAGGAUCGCCGCAAGAAGCUCGAUCUCCACUCGGUCGCCAGUCACACCAGACCAGAAAAUAAUCCGGCUCCCAGCGAAGACCUCUGCAAGCUCUUGCAGAAUAUCAAGGUCGGGAGCCUCGGGGCCUGCUUCUCUCUCACCUCGGCCGAGCUUCCCCCUGAAAGCAGAUUCCGCUGUGGCCAAAUCUUCUCAGGGAAUGGCCAGUAGAGUUAACCGGCGCAAGCGGGCAGUAGCUGGGAGCCGGUUGACCCGAUCGCUUUCAUCCUUGCCGGAUAUGAGGAAGGAGGAAGCCAGAGGCUCGGCACCUCAACCGAAGAGAACUUCCCUAACCAAGAGAAGACUGCCGGAACCCAAUGGCGGCGGUGUGCAUCCUUCUUCCGCGUUGCGAUCAGCAGGCAGUGAUAAAACCCCUCCACAGAACUCAUCUGGUUCUAAAGGUGGCAGCAGGCUUCAUGGAUCGUCAUCGAGAUCAGCGGGCAGCGUCCAAGAUCUUCGUAGGCAACAUCUAUCGGAUGGGCCUAAGAUCAAUAAGGCUUCAGCCGUUGCGACAGCGGGCAGAUUGAAAUCAGCAAUGCUGCAGGCAGAUCAUCGAGUGAGGCCCUCUGACACGACUCGAAGCAGGACAACCGGAAAGGGGCCUGGGGAGGAUAGAAGUGGAAGUAAGGCUUCUUCGUUGAUCUCUGAGAACAAGAAGGAAAAGAGGACUUUAGAGGAGAAGACUCUGGACCAGAAGAAAAGGGAAGACGAGGGGGUUGUGGAAAAAAAAAUUGUAUUGCCUGAACGUGACGAUGCCACACCCCUUCCAGUCGCCAAGGAAGCCGAACGCCUGUCAGAAAUGGGUAACAGGUUUUCCCAAGUCGAUGCAACGCCGGCAUUUAAUGGUGGUCAAGCUUCUUCUUCAUCUUCUAUCAUGCAGGAAGUCGGGAACGGUUUCAGUAAGGUAGAUGAAGAGGUUGAACCUCGUGCAAUUUUUUUAAUUUCUUGCCAUUAAGUGGUUGCUCAGCAUUUUUCUGAAUAGACAAACGGAGGGUAGUCUGUCUAUACCGUUGACUUUUAUCUGUUUAGCUUAAACUUCAUAGAUCAGACGAACGAACUACCUGUUUCUAGCUACAUACUUUCUACGUCUGAAUCCUUCAUGCAUGACCGUUUUUCUUGCUAAUCUUCCGUCACUUUUUUUUCUCCCUAAUAUUGCUUGCUUUUUCUCGAUGUGCUCUUGAUAACAGGUGAAGAUUGGCCCUGCAAAAGAAAAUCCCAAGAGUGUGAGGUUCUCUCUCUCGGAUGAACCCUACCAGCCGCAGCAUCGCCGGGCAGCGUCACUGGGGGAGCCCUGCGCCAGAAACGUAUCCCACGAAGCCCCACGAACAGUCGGCUCUGCAACAGGUAAACUGGACUUAUCGCGCUCUGCAGAAUCCCGGUUAGAAGAGGUUCAUGAGAACGAGGGGAGGCCAAGGGGCAGAGAGACCUUGAAAGGGUUGAGAAAGUUGUUGAAGUUCGGAAGGAGGAGCAGGGGUACCUCCCUCGGUGAUUCGGGCUUGGAGACCUGCUCCCUGUACGAGGAUGACCAGAUGGCCUCUUCCUCCUUCACUGAAGGUACGCCCCAGUUUUUGGCGUGAAACACCGGAUGCCAUGCACCUCGCUUGAAGCUUCUCUGAACCAGUGACUGAUUGCCUCGUGGUGUUUCAGUUGCCGCCGCGCUGAAGAACUCGGUCUCUAUGGAGGAAGGCCAUCCGGAGGAGGGCACCCCUCCGCCGAAAGGUAAUGCGUCUCUCUCCUGGUUUUAUCUGCUGUCGUUGACGAAAAGUGUGGCGGCUGAUAUGGUUCUCUCUUCCGCUGAUGGCAGCUUUCCGUCGCUUCUCCAUCCUCUCACCCUUCCGGAGCAGGUCUGGCGGGGGUAAGAAAUCUUCUGCUCCGUGA